AAUCACGGGCAAUUGCAAUGGUACUGGCUGUGAUUGUCGGCUCUUAGAUCUUUUGCCUGUCUUCUCUUCUUGCUCUUAACCGUGGACGUAACAGCGCAAAUAAAGUUGUGAGGAACCCCCGCCAGUGACGCCAGAUCUGCCGCAGCCAGGAAGAAGCGAUGGCCGGAGUCGGAGGAGGGAAUGAUUUUCAGUGGUGUUUUUCCCAAGUAAAAGGAGCAAUAGAUGAAGAUGUGGCUGAAGCUGACAUUAUCUCCACGGUUGAAUUCAACUACUCUGGAGACUUGCUAGCCACAGGAGACAAGGGGGGCAGAGUAGUUAUAUUUCAGAGAGAACAGGAGUGUAAAAAUCGGCCACACUCAAGAGGAGAGUACAAUGUUUACAGCACUUUUCAGAGUCAUGAACCGGAAUUUGACUAUUUGAAAAGUUUAGAAAUUGAAGAAAAAAUUAACAAAAUUAAGUGGUUACCCCAACAAAAUGCUGCUCACUUCCUGCUGUCCACAAACGAUAAAACUAUUAAACUGUGGAAAAUCAGUGAGAGAGAUAAAAGGGCAGAGGGCUACAAUUUGAAAGAUGAAGACGGAAGGCCGAGAGAUCCUUAUCCAAUCACUUCACUUCGGGUACCAGUGCUGAAGCCUAUGGACCUAAUGGUGGAAGCCAGUCCUCGGAGAAUAUUUGCGAAUGCACACACAUAUCACAUUAAUUCCAUUUCUGUAAAUAGCGAUCACGAAACCUACCUUUCUGCAGAUGACCUAAGAAUAAACCUAUGGCACUUAGAAAUCACAGAUAGAAGUUUUAACAUUGUAGACAUAAAGCCUGCUAACAUGGAGGAGUUGACGGAAGUCAUCACGGCGGCCGAGUUUCAUCCGCACCAGUGCAACGUGUUUGUGUACAGCAGUAGCAAGGGAACCAUCAGGCUGUGCGACAUGAGGGCAGCUGCCCUCUGCGACAGGCAUACCAAGUUCUUUGAGGAGCCUGAAGAUCCGAGUAGCAGGUCGUUCUUCUCCGAAAUCAUCUCCUCGAUAUCUGAAGUGAAGUUCAGUCACAGCGGGCGCUACAUGAUGACGCGGGACUAUCUCUCCGUCAAGGUGUGGGACCUGAACAUGGAGAACAGGCCGGUGGAGACGUACCAGGUGCACGAGUAUCUCCGUAGCAAGCUGUGCUCAUUGUACGAAAACGACUGCAUUUUUGACAAGUUUGAGUGUUGCUGGAAUGGUACUGACAGUGCCAUCAUGACGGGCUCCUAUAACAACUUCUUCCGGAUGUUUGACCGGAACACGCGGAGGGACGUGACGCUGGAGGCGUCCCGAGAGGGCAGCAAACCCCGCGCGUUGCUCAAGCCCCGCAAGGUGUGCACCGGCGGUAAGCGCAAGAAGGAUGAGAUCAGCGUGGACAGCCUGGACUUCAACAAGAAGAUCCUGCACACGGCCUGGCACCCCAAGGAGAACAUCAUCGCCGUGGCCGCCACCAACAACCUGUACAUAUUCCAGGACAAAAUCAACUAAAACUGGCUCUUUUUUUUCUGCCAGAGGGCGGAGUCUUGUUCUUGCAUAGUUAAGCCUAGUCGUUUAUCUGUAAAAGACACGGCCUUCUUGUCCUCCUAGUGAAAAAUCUGAUGCACUCAUCUCGUCCUCGUAGUCAAGGGAGAAAAGGUUUUUUUUUUUUUUUCUUUCUUUUUGAGUCAGAGGUGUAUUUAAGCCUUCUGUGAGAAGGCACAAGAGUCAAGCAUUCUCUGACCGGGAGACGGCCAAACUGACACA